AAGUACAAGACUUGUGGGACAAGUAAGAAGUACGGAGAUUCGCCGUACUCGUAGGAGAAAGUUGAGUUUUCUGUUUCCUUGUUUUUCCAACAUUCAGGCGCAAAUGACCUCAAGCGUUGUGGCGCUGGUCGUUUAGGCCGUUGUCUGUCAUGGUAGAAUGUGACUUGAGGCGUCUACGAUAUCGUCGGCGAUUGUGCGGUACUUUCUCUUUCGUUUUCCUGAUAUCUACCUUUCUAUUACACGCUGCAGCUGGUCUGGUGUUAGCCAUGUUGCAGGGGAAUGCUGUACGUUUUGAAGCGGUGACACACUGGAUCUGUCAGGCGGCCUGUUGACAGGACAGCUCGCGCCGUUGCAUGCAGAAGCCUGCAUCGGGCACUCGGUAGUGAAAUGAGAGCAUUUCGUCAGGCAAUAAUCGAUUUCUUACUCGCAGGAAUUGCAGGUCUUGGCCGGAUUUGAAUUCACAGCUGGUUCCUCCUCGGUUUCGCUCGCCACUGCAUCUACGAUGGGUUGGAUUACCAGUACCCUCAAGGACCUCCGACAAUACUGGGACGCCGUACUACCGUCUGACGCCAGCUGUUACACUCGUUGUCGCCACUUCCUCACUGAAGCGUCACUCGAUUCCCCAGCACCUCCCCCCGGCACAUUUGCAGGUUGUUCGACGUCGUCUCGUGCCUGGUGGUCCGAGCUCCGUCCCGGUCGAUCCAACUAUACUGCAGGCACUUUCUGCAACAACGGUUGUGGCGGCCUAAACACUGACAACGUCGUUUCCUGCCGAGAGAGCUGCAAGGCGUUCUGCUUCGGUGACGUCGUUGAGGCAAAAGGCUCCGGUGCGGACCGUGGCUUUUGGGAGCAAGCACCUGCCGAUCCAGAAGUCCGCAAGAUCUGCGUAGAGGCUUGCACAUUCGGCUGUAAUGCUCGAGAAGAACUAGGGCUUUUCCCCGGCAACGCAGGGACUACACAUGCAAGCAACAAAGAAGCAAAAUCCAGCAAGACAGGGAAUAACGACGUGCAUUCAUGA